GUCAAUUUUUUUAUCAUUAAAAUAAUUGCAUAAUUAUACUUUAUAUCGAAAAACACUGUUGAAAAAAUGGCAAUAUUUAGAGUUUAAGGGAACAGUAAGGUAAUAUAUUUUAUACCACCUUGUAUUAUACGAAAUUAAGUAACUUGAUAGAAUUUAAUAGAAUUUACAUCAGAGGAGGUAAGUAAAUAAUAGAUAAUAGAUAAUCGAAUGAGGAAGAAGGAGGGGAUGAGCGUAACUUUCGACGGCUGCUUCACAGUCAUAUAUGUCUCAGACUCCGCAAAGAAAUGACUAACGUCGAGACUAACUAUUUUAGUGUAAAUAAAUUUCUUCUGCUCGCUCUUGGCUUGUGGCCCUAUCAACAGUCAAACCUCACUCGAAUUCAAUUUAUUUUCCUGUCCAGUAUUUUGACGACACACGUUAUAUUUCAAUGUACCGUAUUUAUCUCACAAAGAUGUACUACGGAUCUCAUCACCAAAAUUUUAUCUUCCGUAUGUUUCUUUGCAAUUUUUGUGAUAAAAUACAACAUGUUCUUUGUUAAUCUUGAAACUGUAAAGGAUUUAUUGGGGCAAUUAUUGCAUAUAUGUAAUGAGUUAAAAGACGGAAACGAAAUUGCUAUUAUGAACAAAUAUAGAUGUAUUGGCAAACGUUAUACCGUGUCACUUACAGUACUUGGCGGUUGCUGCAUAUUCUUUUCUACUUUUUUCCUACUUUGGUUGAAUAUUUUUAAUAUUACUUUACCGACAAACAAGUCAAGAUCAGAUGAAUUGUUGAUCAUGACGGAAUAUUUUAUCGAUCAAAAGAAAUAUUUUAAUUUUAUAAUGUUUCAUUCCAUCGCAUCGCUUUAUAUUGGGGCGACUGUAAUAAUAGCGACUGGAACAAUGCUUUUGGCAUAUCUUCAUUAUGUUUGUGGAAUGUUUAAAAUUGCCAGCUAUCGUAUCGAACGAGCAAUGAACAUCAAUAUGCUACAAAAUAUUAAUCAGAUGAAAUACAUUUUCAUAUACAAAGGUUUAAUUUGCGCUGUAAAUAUCCAUCGACGAGCUAUGAGUUUAACCACAGACUUGCUGUCUAGUAUUGAGAUAAUGAUGUUCUGUUUAAUAUUAUUUGGAGUUUUAUCGGUGAGCCUCAAUCUGUUUCGAAUUUUUCAGAUUUUAUCGGUCAAAGAGUCUGUCAAACAAUGCGUAAUACCUUUUAUAUUCACAUUGAUUACUGUCUUAUAUAUGUUUCUAUCCAAUUAUAUCGGUCAAGUUAUAACGAAUCACAAUGAACAUAUAUUUACUACCGCAUAUAAUGUUAAAUGGUACAUAGCUCCGUUAUGUAUACAGAAAACAAUACUGUUUCUGUUGCAAAAAAAUUACAAAAAUUUUACUUUGAACAUCAGUGGACUGUUUACUCCAUCUAUAGAGUGCUUUGCUACGCUAGUAAAGACUUCAGUAUCUUAUUUUACAGUCAUAUAUUCUACACAAUGA